AUGGCCGUGUUGAUAACAUGGGAUGGGAUGGAUGAGAGGGUGCGAGAUGGAGAGAGUCUGCCUGGGGUAGGCGUUCUCGGUGUCCCGAACUGGAUGCCCAAGUUUCGUCCCUGCCAACCCAAAUCCAACGGCGGCCCUGCUCCUGCCAUUGCUCCUACUCUUUUCCCCCAUCAGCCCAAGUCCUACGGCCAGCACCUGCGCCGUACCCCUGAUCGUCCAUCAGGAUGGUCAAUGCCGACAACUGGUGCUUUAUUCCUUUGCCACGGCAGCCAAGACUUGAGCCCUACUCAACCAACCCUACGGGCCCGCCGUUUGCCACGAGUUUUCCCAUCCGCCGCUAGUCUCACUGCACUGCCCGAGACAACCGAAGGAUGCCAAGCUUGCACAACAAUAAGCCUGCUCUUUGCUGCCGGAAGGGGAGCGAACGUUCUGAUUCUGAGAGGGCUGGUUGGUGCAUGGCAUCUCGGCCUGUCCAAUCUGCCCGAUGAUGACUCCAAGAAGAACUCCGUCUGA